AUGGCGCAGCUGGUAUGGUCGACUGCAACACAGCCACACGUCGGUUUUCUCUGGCGGGGGGCUGAGGGAAGGCGUCUGCCCUUCAGGCACCUAAAUGCUCGACGACCACGUCUAGGGUGCCUCAUGGAGCCCAUAAAGGUUGAAGCACUGAAAGCAGUUAGUCGUGAUGGACUUCUCCCUGACACUACUCGUGAUGGACUUCUCCCUGAUACACGACACAAGGAUAAACAAAGUGGCGUGCCCGAAAUGAUUAAUGCCAUCCGAGCAGGGCUUCGAUCAAUGGGCGAGGGUGAGAUCAACGUCUCAGCAUAUGACACAGCAUGGGUUGCCCUUGUGAAGAGCUUGAAUGGAGAUGACGCACCGCAGUUCCCCUCGUGCAUUGAUUGGAUUGCUCGGAAUCAGCUGCCAGAUGGAUCAUGGGGUGAUGACAUGUUCUUCCUUGUCCAAGACCGGAUUAUCAACACCCUCGCCUGCAUCAUCGCACUGAAAUCAUGGGAUGUCCACGACUAUGCGUUUAAAAAAGGUCUAUCAUUCAUCUCCGAAAAUAUGUGGAGGGUAACCAAGGAUGAUGAGAAUUGGACGCUAUCUGGCUUCGAGAUUAUCUUCCCUAUGUUGAUAGAGAAGGCCAAGGACCUAGGCAUCAACAUACCUUUGGAUGAUCCCACUUUGGAAGCAAUAUAUGCCAAAAGAGAACUCAAGCUCACUAAGGUUCCGAGAGAAGCAGUCCAUGCUGUACCAACAACUUUCCUUCUAAGCUUAGAAGGAAUGCCAGGUUUGGACUGGAAAAUGCUACGUAAGCUCCAGUGUCCAGAUGGCUCCUUCAUGUCUUCACCUGCUCCCACCGCUUACGCUCUAAUGCAGACUGGAGACCCUAAGUGCUUUGAGUUCCUUGAUAGAUUGGUUGGCAAGUAUAACGGAAGCGUACCUUUUGUUUACCCUAUUGAGAUGUUCGAGCGCUUGUGGAUUGUGGACCGGUUGGAGAGGUUGGGCAUAUCACGUUAUUUCAAGAGUGAAAUUGAGGACUACUUGGAGUACGUUUACAGGCACUGGUCCGACGAAGGCUUGUCAUUUACGAAGGGCUGCCCCGUGAAGGACAUCGAUGACACGGCCAUGGGUUUCCGUCUCCUCCGACUACAUGGCUACCCGGCCUCUCCUUGUGCAUUCAAGCGAUUCGAGAAUGACGGCCAGUUCGUGUGCUACCCAAGGCAGUCGAACCAGUCGGUAAGCGCGAUGUAUAACCUGUACCGAGCUGCCGACCAGGCCUCGUUUCCCGGCGAUGGUCACGUCCUCGGACGCGCCAGGAGCUACAGCCGUGCGUUCCUCCGGGAGAGGCGAGCCUCGGACCAGCUCAACGACAAGUGGAUCAUCUCUGAGGGUUUGCCUGGCGAGGUCAUGUACGGUCUGGAUUUCCCUGGGAAGCUAGCUUGCCACGCAUCGAAACAAGAAUGUAUCUGGAGCAAUACGGUGGAAGCGACGACGUGUGGAUCGGGAAGGUUCUCUACAGCAUCUUCGAACCAGGCCGAGCAGCAGAGCGCCUGGGAUGGGCGCGCGCGCGCGGUGCUCGCCGAGGCCAUCUCCGGGUGCUUGCUGAUGAGCAGCAACACUCAUGACGAUCGGACGGUGACGGCCGAAUGGCUCAUCGAUGAAUUCGUCAACAGCGACGAUGAGAAGCCGGCAAGUGGAGGAGGGAAGAAGAAUUCACAAGUUACUAGCAGCCUCGCCUAUGCUCUUCGUGACCUUAUUGACAUCCAUGCGUCCGACGACGCUUCUGUCGCUGACUGCCUUCGUGGAGCUUGGAAGGAGUGGUUCAUGGCAUGGACGAAAACGGAGAGGGAAGGACCACGCUCAGCGGAUACAGCACUGUUGCUAGUUCGCACAGUCGAGAUUUGUUCAGGAAGGCACCACUCCACCGAACAGGACCUGAAGCUUCUACCUGAUUAUUCGAAGCUCGAGCAGCUCACCAGAUCCAUCUGCUGCAGACUGGCUACUGAAGCUCCUGCUCUGCGGAUGUCUGCUCAGUCAAGUAUCUUCCCAGAACCUGAUUUGGGAACCAUCAUCCAAUUUGGGAACCAUGCAUCCUCUUUGUACUGUAUGAUGUUUGAUAAUUAUUGCAUUGCUUACCGAAUCAAACGUUGGAUGAUCAACCAGACUGGAGAAAACAUGGACAAGAUUGAUGAGCUGGAUAGGAAUGUUGGAUUCGAGAUGCAAGAACUGGCUCAAUGUGUUUUCCAGAGAUGCAGCUCCAUCAACAGAGUGACAAGGCAGACGUUUCUCCAUGUGACGAAGAGAUACUACUAUGUCGCACUCUGCUCACCUGAAACAAUUGAACAUCACAUCUCCAAGGUUAUAUUUGAGGAUGUUGUUUAG